CUUCAAGCUAGAUGGAUAGCCCGUCUUUGAAUUGCCGCCAUUGACUGAUAACCAAAUCGAGACACAGCCAGCGACCGGGAGCUUUCCAUUAAGCUUCUUGAACCCAGACGCCAGAAUCCUCUGUACAAUAACACCAACUUCUCCGACUUACAUUAACAGACUUGUUCCAAUAACUAACUUCCUUCAGCUUUGGCCUCCUUGACAUCACGUGUUUGACUUACGUUACCUAAUCCCUUCUUCAUCUCCCAGCACGCAAGCAAGCCAAUCAAUCAAUAGCUUCCUCAUCAGAUCAGACUUUCUGGGCUCAAUUGUCAAGACAUCCUUGCCUUUCAAAUAUGGUGGACGCCAACGCGUCGGCCUGGGCCACCCAGAUACCAGGGAGCGACUUUAGUCAAAUGUCUGCACCAGGUCCAACAAACGACACGAGGCAGAGCCAGGAGCCCUCUGCUGUAGAUCACCUACUGGCAGGAAUGCAUAACAUACCAGAUAAUACAAACAGUCACGACAACGAACCGUCUGUUGUCCAUGAGCUCAUGGCAGGGCUGCGUGAGUUUCAAUCACGCUCUGCCGAUGCCUUCGAGGGUCCUGGCCUGCAAUCAGCACUGCAGCACUUGGAGCAACUCGGCCAGCCAGAUCCUGUAUUAUCAACAAUCUCUCCAUCGGAACUGAUGGGAUCGACCAACCCAGACAUAACUCAGACUCCAUUACUGCCAAUAAUACCUGGUCAGGAGUCUCUCACGCUACCUGUCCUUGGAUCCUUAAAUACUCUCGAGUCAUCAGAACCAGAUGAGGAGCAGAAUGAAGAUGAUAAUAACGACUAUCUUAUCACCCUGCCACUAGCCGCCAACAUGCGCCCUGCGUAUUUGAGGAAGAUUGCCAGUGAGAAAGAUGCGAUCACUGAGCUGAUGACAGCUCUGUCGCAUGCAAGGGAACCCGAUCCAGCAGCCGUUGAUGCAUGCAGAAAGGUCUUGGCCGGGCUCUUGGAUGUAUGCGACUUGCCCAGCUUCGACGGUGGUGUGGGCGAUCUCUCAGGGGAGGCUAUGACAAGGCACGCAACCGGCACCAACAGCAAGAUGCUGUUUGUUUAUGAAUUACUGCAUGCGCUGCGGGAUGCACCUUUACAGGUCUUGAUCCUGGUCAGACCUGGUCGCGCAUACGACUAUUUGGAGGCCAUCCUCAAGAAUGAUGGAUUCAAAUUUCGCCGAGCGGAGAACUCGCAGUCACAGAACGAAGAUGCCGGACCACUCAGUGUUGUCCUUGCGUCAACAGGACAAAGUCCGGCCUUGCAUCCAUCGUUCGCUAAUGUCGUCAUUGGCUAUGAUGAAGCCUCCAGGUCGAGUGGGCUUUUGACUCCAUAUAUUGUCUCGAGCAGUGAGAGGAGACCGAUGGUGUUAACACUGGUCGCGAGCUAUACAGUUGACCACCUCGAUGUGGUGAUGAGCAGGAAAAUGGAGUCAAUCGAAAGACUCAAUGCUCUGUUCCUGAGCACCUUGCAAAUUUGGAGUAAUCUCAUAAACCCCCCUUUCCUUGGCCCACGAGGGGAACCGCACGACAUUGCGCAGAAUUUUGCCUCUCUUAUCCAGGAUCCACGCUACGACUGGGCGUGGGUGCCAGAAACAAUACCCGAAUCGGCUCUUGAUGUCUUCGAAAGCUCGCAAGCCGACCAGCUUGCUAAUAUUGCUAGGAUUUCGAGCAGUCUUGAGCAACCGAUGGAGCCAUCACGCUCGGCGAGUCGCAAACGCGAAUUGGAGGAUAGUGAUGAUCGAAGGGACGGCGCCAAACGCGCAAAGGGCAUCCCAGGCUCUUUGCUAGAAGAGUCUCGCCGACGACCACAAUUUAGCGAAGCGGUCGAGUCGGUCCUGUCGCUACUGCCCAUAUCAAAUGGACCCGUAGCCGAGAUUAGCGUGGCUCACAUUGAAGCUAUCAUCAGGGAGAACGAGGUUUUGAAAGAGAAAUUAGGAGUGAAGGCAAAAGUAUCGGCCGCACUUGCCAACAGGCUGGACGCGCUGAACAAGGAACACCAAGGCUACCUCAAGACUUUCAAUGUGUUCCAGAAACGGUACAUGGAAGCAGUCGGCGAUCGCGGCAAGUUCGAAAAGGAGCGAGACGUGGCCUUCUCUCAGGUGGACAAAAUAAAAUCAGAAGCAGCGGCAGCUAAGAGCACAAUUGCGAUUUUGAAAGACGAGAACGCAGGUCUCAAGGAUCAGCUACACGAUGCGACUAAGGCGCUGGCCAAGUCGGAGGUGCCGGAUCUCGCCAAGCUCGGGCAGCUGCAGCAGAAGCUCCAAGAAGCCGAAACAAUGCUCGCCGGUUUGCAAAAGAAGCUUGUGGUGCAAGACAAGGACCUUGAGCACGCGCGCAACGCAUACCAAGAGGCUAGUAGCCGGGCGGCGGAGCUCGGCAACGAAAACCGCGCGCUGGCCGCCGAGAAGGCGGUACUCACACAAAAGGCCAGUGAGAAUCGCGUCAGGAUCCACGAGAUCCAGACGAGCAACGAGCGUAUCGAUUUCGACCUUCUCAGGCGGCAGGCCGAGGCGACCUUGGCCGAACGCGAGCGCGAGCUGGAGAAGCUGCGGGACGAGCUUCGGACGCUCAAGGGCAGGCGCGAGACUAGGGGUCAGAGCGUGCCACGUAGCCCACGGCUUGGCGUCAUGAGCCCGCGCGGAAACGGCAACGGCGGGGCUGCCGGUGCCCGUAGUAGGGGAACCAGCCCCGUCCCGGCCAUGUUUGGCGACGUCGGGAUGAUCAGUGGGUUUCAGGGAAAUCCACGGAUAGAUCAGAUACGGCGUGGUUGAUUGCGAGUGGUAUAAUGAUUUCUUUCGUAAUAUUCCAGGUAGAUACUUGCACAUGUUUACAGUUUCGAGCUUUAGUGACGACCAUCAGACUAUGGCCACAAGCUCAUCAUUAUUAUUAUCAAUUAUUCUUGGACCUCUGGUUUGUACUUUGCAUAUCCAUGUUGUUAUGAUUUUCUGCGGGGCCUAGACUUAACAUCAACCAGCACAAUUGUUAGUAUUAGGGACGGAUCGUCACUCUUGCUUCACCGAAUAUAAGAGUUGAUCGCCUACAUGUGAGAUCUCUAUGUUUAGGAGACGCCAAGCCGAGAACCG